UUUAUAACCUAACAUAUGUCAACUGUGUUAACUGUUGAAGUUUAAAGAAAUGUAACGAACUUUUAUAGUUUGAGUGUUGUUUUUAAGCUGUUUGAUACUAUUUAUUACAAUUUAUCAUCGCUUAUUAAAAUGGCAGCGGCAGUGAAAAAUAAAUCUGCUAUCAAUGUUAAAGGAUCCGCAAAUAUUGUGUGUGAUUAUCUAAAUUAUGGCAUUAAUUCAAUACUAUUUCAAAGAGGCCUCUAUCCGCCAGAGAACUUUUCGACCACCGAAAAUUAUGGCUUAAGCAUUUUGAUGUCAACAGAUAAUAAGAUAAAGGAAUUCUUAUCUACUACCCUGGGACAACUGAAAGAAUGGCUGGUUAAAAGAAUGGUCAACAAAGUAGCGCUGGUGAUAGCCAAUGUAAAAACUCUCGAAGUAAUGGAGCGAUGGGACUUUAACAUUGAAUAUGAAGGUAACGCAGAAGAUGGUGAAACUCGAACGUCUGAGAAGCCUUUAAAGCAAAUAAAGAAUGAGAUUAGAGAUGUUUUAAAACAGAUUGCUUCAUCGGUGGCUUAUUUGCCCUUGUUGGAGUGCCUUUGCAGUUUUGAUCUGCAAAUUUAUACAACGAAUGAUGUAGAUUUACCGGAGGAGUGGGCGGUUGCCGAACCAGCUAAUGUUAGGAAUGCACAGUCGGUCAAAAUGCGAUCAUUCUCCACUAAUAUCCAUAAAAUGGAGACUGUAGUUACGUAUAAAAAUGAUGAUUGAGUCAUAUCUUGUUUCACCAUUUUUCAUGCUGCUGAAUUCCGUUGGAAUGUUCACUCAAUGCAAACUGCUAUGUUUUUGCACACAUGCAUUAAGUAUUUAAUUAUUUGUAAACUGAAAUCGUGAUAGUCCGAUCUGAUGAUUCUUGACCAUAUGAAAAUCUGGGGGAAUGAGAGAAGGGUAAAAUGACGCAAUUGUUAUGUCUAUCUGUAUUGUCUGUUUAUUUCAGCUUACACAUAUCUAAUACUUUCAAAUCUGUUCCUGACGGUUUGUGUUUCUUAAAGGCAUCUUCCGAAUUCAUAUAGCUUUUAUAAUACUGGCUGUUACAAGAAACUCCUAAUUUAAGUCUCACUAGCUUUGGUCUAAAUGCAAUUCUCUAAGAGAAAGGAAAUAGAAGCCUAACGACAACUGUAUUAUCAGUUUUCAUUGCCUUCGUGAGGUUUAGAGCUGCUGUAACAUGUUUUACUAAUUUUAUUGAAACCUUUUUCGGAAACCGGCACUGUAUUAUUUUUUUAGACACAUAUCAUUAAUACUGCAUAUUUUGCUACAUUAAAUCAAACCUUGGAUUUUAAAGACACUUUGUAUGUUGGUUUAGUUAGUUUACUUUUAGUUAAUAAAUUAUAGUAUUUUUAAGUGUU